GUGGCACGAGGUGAACAUGCGGUUCACUGGUAACUCCAACUCCAUAACAAUGCAAAUUCUACAUAAGCCAUAGAGCUCCGCAAUUCUCACGGGUCUCUCUCACUCCCCCCACCUCCACCGAUUCCUCAAAUCCAUUUCCCUUCAGGAUGAAAUCUCCGGCGAGGGUCGGCGUCGGAGGCGCCUUCGUCCCCCUACUUCCAGAGAUCGAGCCCCCCGAAUCACCUGUCCCCGUCGGCGCAUCUUUCUCCAGCGCCGUCUUCAACAUCUCCACUAGCAUCGUAGGCGCAGGCAUCAUGUCGAUCCCAGCGACCCUGCGCGUCCUCGGCGUGGGUCCCGCGUUCCUUGUCCUUGCUGCAGUCGCCUUCCUCUGCGACGCAUCCGUCGAGUUCCUCAUGCGCUACACAACCGCCGGAGACUCGCCGGAAGAUGCCUCCUACUCCGGCGUCAUGGCGGAGUCCUUCGGCCGCGUGGGUUCGGUAGGGCUUCAGAUCUGCGUCGCGCUUACCAAUCUGGGCGCACUCAUAAUGUACCUCAUCAUCAUCGGGGACGUGCUGUCAGGGAACAGAUCGGAGGGAACAGUGCAUGUGGGCGUACUGCAGGAGUGGUUUGGGGAGGAUUGGUGGACGGUGAGAUCGUCGGCGAUUGCGAUUACUGUCUUCGCUGUGAUGCUUCCUCUUGUGCUCCUCCGGCGAGUAGAUUCUUUGAGAUUUACAUCAGCUGUUUCAAUUUUCGUUGCGGUGGUAUUUGUUUUCAUUAGCUCGGGAAUGGCUGUCUAUGCUCUUUUCCACGGCACCAUACAAACACCUAGAUUGCUUCCAGAUUUCACCCACCAAUCCUUAUUCGAGCUUUUUACUGCCGUCCCUGUCAUUGUUGUAGCCUUCACUUUCCAUUUCAACGUACACCCAAUCCGAGCAGAGAUGAGUUGUGUCUCAGACAUGACUCCGGCUGUGCGCGCCUCCCUUCUACUCUGCUCAGUCAUCUAUGCCACUGUUGGGCUCUCUGGCUACCUCCUUUUUGGUGACGAGACGAUGUCUGACGUGCUUUCCAACUUUGACCGGAGCUUGACAAGCCCACUUCUUGACGAUGUGGUCAGGCUGAGCUAUGCUCUCCACCUGGUCUUUGUGUUUCCUUUGAUCUUCUACUCACUUCGACUCAACAUAGAUGAACUUCUCUUCCCCAAGGCACGGCUGCUGCUGGUGGCCGACACUAGCCGGUUCUUAGGUCUCACUGCUCUGCUGCUGGCUUUUAUUUACUUGGCAGCGAUGGUCAUUCCCAACAUAUGGGUGGUGUUUCAAUUUGCCGGGUCAACCACGGCGGUCUGCCUCUCCUUGAUCUUCCCGGGAGCCAUUGUUUUAAGGGAUGUACAUGGGAUAUGUAAAAGAAAGGACAAGGUGUUGGCUGGAAUCAUGAUUACAAUAGCUGUGAUUUCAAGCUGCAUUGCCAUUUACUCUGACUUCAGAAGCUUGUUUGAAGGUAAAAUGAAGAGCAGCAGCUCAUUAUAAUAAAAUGCUAGAAUUUCUCACUUUUUACUGGAGAAAAAUGCUCAACUUUAUCACACUUUAAGAGAAAUCAGGAGAUUGAAAAGUGAGUCGAACAAUUUAGCACUCAGAAGUUGAAAUAUUGUUCAUUCAGUUUGGUUAUUUCACCUUGUGAGUUGUGAUGAUUGGCGGCUCUUAUAGACUAAGAGCUCCUCUCUUUUCAAAAUUGAUCAUAAGCCUUUUAUUUGUUGAUUUUGUGAGGAUUUAGGUUUCGUUUUGGGUAACUUUUUUUACUGCUUUCAAAGCAGUAUUUUAAUC